UAUACAAUUGCGGGGGAUACACGGCUGUGUGUUUCGUUUUUACUUAUCUGCAUCAAUUAGUCAUAUAGAGACGUUCACGUAUGCAAAUACAAAAUGCAGAUCGGACAAGAGCGCGACACAAUUCCCUCCUUUGACUUUCGGCUGGAAGACGAAACCGCGCGAUCUUUUUCCUCCUGUCGCUGUGCAAGCUGCAGUGUUACGCAGCACAUUCGACCAGGGAUAUCUCGAAUCGACGAGAAAAUCGCAAAAAACGCGAUUGCGAUGCUGGACUGAAUAUUGUAGUGAAAUGCUAGCCGUGCGGAUUACUGCUUCAUAUCACGCUUCGUACAUGAUGUUUAAUCUGGAUUAGACGAAAGUGAUGAAGUUACAGGAUUGAUACGUGGUAAAAUAACAUUGUCUAUACAGUAUUUCAGAAUGCACUGCAAAUACCUAGUGAUCAUAGCGUUGGGACUGUUCAUCCACCUCAUCGGAAUAGGAUUUGGUCAAAUUCAUAGUCCAUGUCCGAAUGUCUUUCGAUAUGUUAGAAAUGAGACCACCGGAGACAUUGAAGGUCGCAUAGAGAUACAUAAUGUCCCAAAAGGCGUUUCACUACAUGUCAUGAUGAGAUUAAGCGUUGCCAUAGGUCUUCCUACGAACUACGUAGGUAAGCUGGAAUUAGCAGAGCGAAGGGAAUUAGCGGUCAAGGCAGUACAGCAAGGCAGGCCCUUGAAUUAUCGCUUGCAUUUUCCACUACAACAUCCACUGCCGCUUCUUACGAGAAUUUUGUUCAAUAACCAGGAAUAUUGCUCUGGAAGACGAGCAAUUGGACCAAUUGUUACAUCGAUUACAUUAGAGCACAUUUUAUAUCCUCCUGGGAUAGUCCCUGAUCAACCGCAAAAUCCGCCACCACAAAUUGAAGUGCAAAUUUUGAAUACGAUGCCAGUAACGUCGUCAACUUUCGCACCUUCAUUUAGUGAGAGCGCGGUGAAUAUGACAGAGGCUUCGUUGAAACCCAUUGCAUCCGAUAUAUUGCCACGAGAUUCGGUAGAUGACAAUAUUUGUGGCCGUUCGAGUAAAAGUGACAUAAAUUUAUUGAUUUCGAAAGGAGAAAAAACAGAGCCUGGAGACUGGCCCUGGUUAGUUGCGAUUUUUGUGUCAAGAAUCAAACUGGAAUUUCAAUGUGCCGGAAAUCUUAUUAGCAACAAACACGUACUUACAGCUGCUCACUGCUUGAAAAGUGGCAACGGCCAAGAACUGCCGGCGAGUACUUUAUUGGCAGUCGUUGGACGGUAUAGACUUCGGAAUUGGGCUGAAAAAACCUCGGUAACAUACGAGGUAUCGGAAUUUGCAUUGCAUUCCGAAUACGGCCGUCGCGGAGCACUUUUCGAUAGUGAUCUCGCAGUUAUUACACUGAUGGAGACAGUCACAUUUGGAAAUUUAAUUUUGCCAAUAUGCUUAUGGGCCGGACCUACCCAGAUUGAAAGUGUUGUUGGCAAAACUGGAUUUGUUGUUGGGUGGGGUCGAGAUGAACUAGGAAAUCCAGUCACAGCAGAACCUAGGAUGGCCAGAGUGCCUAUUGUAUCACAGGAGGAUUGCUUGAGGAGCAAUUCAGAUUUUGCGCAAAUCACUUCAAAUCGAACCUUCUGUGGAGGGUCGCAAGAUGGUAGUGGACCUUGCAAUGGCGAUAGUGGUGGAGGACUUGUAUUGUAUGAUUCACACAAGCAAAGAUAUCACCUACGAGGAGUUGUGUCACUGUCACUACUUGAUCGAGAUACAGGGGCAUGCGAUUUAUCACAAUAUGUUGUCUAUACAGAUGUUGCAAAAUACUUAAAUUGGAUCCAGCAGCAACUUGCAACCUGAAGAACAUACGCAUUUUUGUUUUCGGUUUACUAGGAAGAAUUUGCUAAAUUUCCAGAAUUUACUAAUAUCUCAAAGAAUUCUACGUUGAUGAAUUGUUCGCCCUGAUUCACUAAGAAAUGAUUAAUGUUAGCAAUUAUCUCAUUCACUCCAAAUUUUCGCUAGUAAUUUUUAUAUUCUAUUAUACUUUAAGAAAUAGUAUUUAAUGUAUUUAAUUAUAUCCGUUAUAGGCAAAACAUAUCAAUACAGCACUACCUCGUUAUAAGAGAGUGUUAGGGCGGUUAGGGGAAUAGGAUUCCAAGAAAUUUGUCGCCCGAGCAUUUCCCCACUAUUGCCUGGAGAGCUCAGGAAUCGCACGUGUGUGAGUGUGUCGAUGAUCAUAACCACUGCUCGUUACAAGAGGAUAAGUUAUGUAUACGAUUACAGUUUCUAUUAAACACAUAUGAUUGCAUAAUUUAAUACGCGCCAAAGUUGGGAGACCUCAGAUACGCAAGUAGAAUGAACGAAGCUAUGAAACACACUCUAACGGGACAAAGGAGAAAUUCUCUUAUAUCGAGGACUCUUAUGACGAUGUAGUAUUGUAUUUAUAAAAGCUUCAGCAAUUUAUUGCAGUAAUGAUAUAUCAAUAUAGGUCUACUAUUCAUUGUAAAUAAGGUGUAAAUUUUUUUCAUGACUCUCUUUGACAAUUCUGUAAACUAUACUUGUUGCGGGUAUGAACAACUUGUAACUAAGUAGUACGUGAUUUUCAAUACAUUUAGUCUGCACUGAUUGAACUAGUAUUUAUUUAUACUUAAACUUUUCAAUUUGUAACCCCAAUAUCACCGUACAGGGAAGUGAAUGCCUAAUGAUUACUCAUCAAACACCUAACCUUCGUAGCAUGCAGAUGUGUAGGUGUGAAAGUAAUCUUAUAAGAUUUUUCGCAAUUCCGAGUUCACCAAAAUUUCAUUUUCCUUCUUUAGACCCCAACAACACAAAUAUUAAUAAAUGAUCAUAAGGUUAUACUGCUUAAAGGUCAAUUCUAUGUGAACUGUUUCACAUCAGUAUCUGAAAGUACAAGAUUUCAUUGAAACUUGAAUAACUAUCCAGUUGACUAAGAAACAAAUGUCAAUUUUUGAAAACUUUUACAACUGAAAAAGUGCCACUUGUCAAGUUUUAAUACUUCAAAAAUUCAUAUCUCGGAAAUCGCUAAUGAUAAUACCAGUGUCUUCAUUUUCUUCAAUGCAAAAAAGUUCAUAGUUUGAAGAAAAUGAUACAUUUUUGAAACACUCUAAUGUUUACAGUCAAGUAACAUUUUUUAAUUAUGAACUGAACAUAGCUAUGGAAAAAAUACAAUAAUAGUCAAAGAAAAAUGAGUUACAAAGAAAUAUAUCGAAACUUGAUUAAAUUAUUCAGCAGCAUACAUGGCCAUUAAAACAAGUUCAUGGCCGUGAGAGAAUAGCCCGAUCAUCAACUACAAUACCAAUAAUCAUAAAAACAAUAUAAGGUUACGUUCAUUGUUCUUGCUAACUUGUUUUCAACAAUUGCAGCACUACAUGCUUUGCUUUUAUUUAUUCCAUCACCAUAAAAUUAAGUGGUAAUCACUUACGAUUGUCCAGUUCUUUUGGCACCAUGACUCCCUUACAAUUCAAUUUGGAAAAAUGAAUUACAAGGAACAAUUCCGUAACCGUCAGUAAAGGGAGGGAACCAGGAGGAGGCAGGUUGACAAGAACGAUGAACUUACCGUGUGUGCUAACAUAGCGCCAGUUCAGCGAAGAUGAAAAAAAAUACAUUUUGGUGUUGAUAAAGCAUAUCCACGUAACAAAUCCUUUUACCUUUAUUUACUUUUUCGACUAAUUUUAGUGUAGACGUACGUUUUACGUGCUUCUGUAUACGCCCUUUUACCACAAAUUCGCCUUUUUGGUGCAUAUGUCUUUAUACCGUUUAACACGCGAUUUAUUGUCCCAAUAA